CUAGCAAUUUGCAUACUCGCAUCUUCAAAACAGAACACUAAUAAGAACUGGGAGAGGGAGAGGGAGAGAGAGAGGAACUGAGAGAGAGAGAGAGAGAGAGAGGAACUGCGCAAACCUCUCUUUCUUCUCCAAAACUAGGGUUUCAGAUCCCAAAACGAAAAGGCAAAGCAGCAGCAGUAAUGGAGAGUGCACUGGCUAGCGCCGCAUCGAUCACAGACCAAAGGCAAAAGAUCGAACAGUACAAGCUCAUCCUCUCCUCUGUCCUUGCUUCCAAUGACAUCAGUCAACCCAAGAAAUUCAUCGACCACAUGGUGUCGGACGACGUUCCUUUGGUGGUCUCACGGCAGCUGCUACAGACGUUCGCUCAGGAAUUGGGAAGGCUGGAGCCUGACACGCAAAAGGAGAUUGCCCAUUAUGCCCUAGCUCAGAUUCAGCCCCGAGUUGUUUCGUUUGAAGAACAGGUGUUAGUCAUCCGAGAGAAGCUUGCUGAGCUGUAUGAAUCCGAGCAACAAUGGUCAAAAGCAGCACAGAUGCUUAGUGGCAUUGAUCUAGACUCAGGAAUCAGAAUGAUGGAUGAGACGUACAAACUGUCCAAAUGCGUCCAAAUCGCACGCCUCUACCUCGAGGAUGAUGAUGCUGUAAAUGCAGAAGUUUUCAUCAAUAAAGCUUCGUUUUUGGUGAGCAAUAGUCAGCAAGAAGUAUUGAAUUUACAAUACAAGGUUUGUUAUGCAAGGAUCUUAGACUUAAAGCGGAAGUUUCUGGAAGCUGCACUUCGUUACUAUGACAUUUCUCAGAUUGAGAAGCGGCAAAUUGGAGAUGAGUUGAUCGAUGAGGAUGCACUGGCUCUUAGUGCUGCUGUGACCUGUACAAUUUUGGCCGCUGCUGGUCCCCAACGUUCCCGUGUUCUUGCCACCUUGUAUAAGGAUGAAAGGUGCUCCAAAUUGAAGAUUUACCCGAUAUUGCAAAAGGUGUAUCUGGAGAGGAUUUUGCGUAAACCAGAAAUUGACGCAUUUGCCGAAGAGCUAAGAGCACACCAGAAAGCUCUUUUACCAGAUAAUUUCACCGUGCUGGAUCGUGCCAUGAUUGAACAUAAUCUUUUGAGUGCAAGUAAACUUUAUACAAACAUAAGCUUUGAAGAACUAGGAACUUUACUUGGUAUUGCUCCGCAAAAGGCUGAGAAGAUAGCUUCGAGAAUGAUUUAUGAAGAUAGAAUGAGAGGAUCCAUUGAUCAGGUUGAGGCAGUCAUACAUUUUGAGGAUGACACGGAAGAGCUGCAACAGUGGGAUCAGCAGAUUGUGGGGCUUUGCCAAGCUCUUAAUGAUGUUCUUGACAGUAUGGCGAAAAAGGGCCUUGCUGUUCCAGUCUAGAAACUGCAUCAGUGGCAAUCCCUUAUUUUUUUGGUGGGGGGGUAUAUAGGUACAGAAAUGGUGUUCAUAUUUCUGGAUGAUUUUGUUAAUGUAAUAGCGUCACCUUUGGUUGGUAGAUUGGUCCUCAAGCUAAUGGGCGUUAAGAGUUGUAAUUCUUUAUUUUAUUUUUGAGUCCUAUGGCUGGGAGAUCUCUGAGGGACCUUGUACCAGGGUGUGGGUGGGCUAUCCUGUAGUGAUGAACUUCCAGGGACAGCAUGCUUGGUGACAAUUUGGUAACAAGUCUACGAGGGUUGGACAGGCUGAAAAUCAAGGCUCGCAAAUUAAAUGGGAUGGGGAUGUUGCAUUUUUAUUGCAAGAUCUGAUGACUAUGUUUUGACCCGAA